UCCACGGUUUCUUCUAGACGUGAGCCCGAUUACAAGGCAAGUCGUCGCUGAGAAGAAAAAGGAUAAAGGAAAGCAGAACAGAAACAGAUUCUACCGCCCACAAAAAAACUGGAGGUGUAUGAGAUGUCUAACGGUUAUGAAGACCACAUGGGAGGGGAUGAGGCGAAGGAUGCCAAGACUAACCUGAUAGUGAACUACCUGCCUCAGAGCAUGUCGCAGGAUGAGCUGCGAAGCCUCUUCAACAGCAUCGGAGAGGUGGAGUCUGCCAAGCUGGUUCGGGACAAAGUGGCAGGCCACAGUUUAGGGUACGGAUUUGUUAACUAUCUUAACCCUAGUGAUGCAGAAAGAGCUAUCAGUACUCUCAAUGGACUAAGGCUACAGUCCAAAACUAUCAAGGUGUCUUUUGCUCGACCCAGCUCAGACACUAUAAAAGAUGCCAACCUGUAUGUCAGCGGUCUGCCCAAGUCCAUGUCACAUAAGGAUGUGGAAGAUAUGUUUUCACGUUACGGUCGUAUAAUUAAUUCUCGGGUACUCGCAGACCAGUCGACAGGUAUGACAGGUGUGUCUCGUGGAGUUGCUUUUAUUCGGUUCGACAAGCGAGCAGAGGCCGAGGAAGCUGUCAAAAACCUGAAUGGCCAAAAACCACCAGGAGCCGCCGAACCCAUCACAGUGAAAUUCGCUGCCAACCCAAAUCAGGUGAAGAACACGCAGCUCAUCUCUCAGCUCUACCACAACCAGUCCAGACGCUUCGGAGGACCCUUACACCACCAGGCACAGCGAUUUCGGUUUUCCCCAAUGGGCGUUGAUCACAUGAGCAGCAUGGGAGGCGUGAGCGUUCCUGGGAACAACUCCGGCUGGUGCAUCUUCAUCUACAAUCUGGGCCAGGAUGCAGACGAGAGCAUCCUGUGGCAGAUGUUCGGUCCCUUUGGUGCCGUCACAAACGUCAAGGUCAUCCGAGAUUUCAACACCAACAAGUGCAAGGGCUUCGGCUUCGUUACCAUGACAAACUACGAGGAAGCAGCGAUGGCCAUCACCAGCCUGAAUGGGUACCGACUCGGAGAUAAAGUACUGCAAGUGUCCUUUAAGACUAGCAAGGGCCAUAAGUAAAACAAGUUGGACACUUGGGUGUAUAGAAGUGCAGAAAAUAAUCCGUGUCAGGCUUCUGUUCUUUAAAAAAGAAAAAAAAAGUUCAACCAAAAACAGUCAGGCACAUUUUGGUUUUAUCGUGUUCAGAGAAAAACAGGAAGUUCAAUCUUCUGCACUUUUUGUACUUGUUUAAAAUAGUGUGUUUUUCCCCCACUAUCAAUAUCAUUAUUAUUAUUAUUUUACUUUUGGCAAGUGACUGAGUAUAGAGGUUUACCUAUGCCUAUUACCUUGUAAAAUGUUCUCAAAAGCUUAAAUACAAUCUACAUGUGUCGCAUGUUUCACUUUUAGGAAAAUAUAACAAAAAAGACGAAGAACUCUGAGCGGGGCAUCGACAGUGCAGAAAACAGAAAAACCUAUCAAAUGUUCUGAAGCUGAACUGUUUUAGUGUAAAGCAGGAAAACCUCAGAAAAUCUUGGCUCUUAUCAGGUGUAGAAGUCGAUGCCUUAAAUGACCAUUUGAACAGUGAACAGAGAUCCUACAGUACCAUCCGGUGUUUGUAAAGAAACAAAGCACUUUGUGUGUGAAGAUGUGCUGAAUAUCAAAACCUUUUGUUACACUAGAACGUUGCUCACCUUCUGACCAACCGUUUUAUUGAUGAGAUUUGCAGCACGUCCUCUUGAUUCAUAAGCCCUGUGUUGAGUGUCCUGUUUUAUUACAGGAGUUAUGUUGGAAAAAAAAAAGGCCAAUGUUUGUGGAGUUAAGAUGGACCAAAGGCAGGGAGAAUUUUUAAUGUUUUAAAUCCAGAUGUUUUCUGGUCCUUUCAAAAUGCAGAUUUGACCAUUUUUGGAGUUCUGUUCGAGUGGUACUGACUUUGUUUCUGAUGCAUCCUGACAGCAGCAUCCAUGUUUUGUUUUUUUGGUUGUUUUGUUUUGGUUUUAUUAUUAUUAUUAUUAUUAUUUUUUGUAGAUGUAUCCAUUUUUGUUUCAGUGUGAGGUGGAUUACUUAAAAUUAUAGAGAACAUUAUGGCCUUUGUUAAUUUAGAUUUGCUUUAUUUUUUUGUUGUUUUUGAUUGUUUCAUUUUGAGCAUAAACCAUUAAAUUUUUUUUCAUUUUGCUGAGUUUUGUUUGGUUUGUUUCUUUCUUUCUUUUUUCUUUCCUUUUUUAAUUUUAAUUUUAAAAUCAAGAUUAGGUUUGAAGUUCUGUUAAUUUUGUUCAGUGAUCCAGAACAAGGCUGCUCCUAAAAGCGUACCGAUCAGACAUCGAGACAGCUUACAUGUCAUUGUAAAAUGGACCAAAGCAAACAGAAUCUGGCUGAGAAUAUUUCUGUAAAGAUGGGGACUGAAGGUUGAAUUUCUGUUGGAUAAAACAGGACUAGAAGCUGUAUAUUGGCUCUAUUUGUGCAUUUUUAUAGUUUUUGUUAGUUGUAGUCUAAAACCUGGCUUUAUCAAUGUCGGUGUUUAGAAGGUGAUGCAAUAAAUCAGCAUAUCAGUGUGGGUACGUUUAGCAACAUUUAACACAAAUAAUGGAUCAUAUUUUAAUAUGACCAAUACAGUAAUAUUGUCCCCAAAUUAAUUUCCCCCCUUAUUAGUAAGCUCUUAAUGUUUCUCUGCUAAGCCGUUUUGAGAGCAGGUUUAACAUCAAAAAAAUCUUAUGAGUAAUUUGUAUUACAAGGCAGAAUACUCUCAUCGGCAUCACUUUGUUUCAAACUCCGAUCAUUUCGGGUGUUAAGCAUUUUUUUCCCACCAUAAUGAAAUACUGAUGCAGUGUUAAAUGCCCAUUUUAACCAUGUGCUUCUUUUUAAUACAAGUGUUUUAAAUACAAGGUUCAGAUUCAGUCUUUGAGGUAAAGUUCUCGUGUUUUGUGUCACAGUCCCCAACUUUGUGCAAUAUUUUAAAACUUGCUCAAAGCAAGUGAUCGUCUUGAAAUUUCAUCCUAAUUUGUUUUUCUACUGACCUGUUACUGCUUGAAUUUGUUCUUUUUUGUCAGUCAUGUUAAAAUGUAAAAUAUUCAAGUUAGUUUUAGGAGGCAGUCAAAUUAACUGCAGUCUGCCUUAAUUCAUAUGUGGAACCUGUAAUAUACUGAAAAGUGGCUUUUAUUUAUUUGAGUGUACAUCAUACUUGAUACUUAUACUCUAGUGUUUUUAUUGUUUCCUUUUGUUUUGAACUUGUUUAACACUAAGUUCAAGGCCAUUAAAUGAAUUCUAACAUUGAGUCAUUUCAUUAAAAUGUGGAAAAAAUUCAGAUGGAAAAAAAUUAAACGUGUUCAGAAACUUA